UGGAAACUGCGUUACGCCUAGAGCGGUCGAGAAGGAAACAGCAGAGCGAGACCCAAAAAAGAUUCCUCAUUUCAGCACCGCACCUCCUGGACAGCGCCCGCGCGCUCUGCCCGGUCGCGCCGAAUGACACCGCCCGAUAUGUGCUGAAUCGUGAGGGGACAGAAACUGCACAGAUACUAAAUCAGAACCCAUAGUAGCAAGGAUCCCCCGAGAGAAGGCAAGACCCAAGCCGCCGACUUUUCUUACUUCGCGCGUGAUUUCGAGAGGCACUUUCUCCCUUCUCUCACGAUCAACAGAACGCCAUCAUGAGCGAGAGGAGAUCCAACCAGCGCUUCCACAGCCUCAACGCAGAGCAGGUGGAGGUCCUGGACCAGGUGCUCUCGGAGGUGGUUCCCAUCCACGGCCGGGGGAACUUCCCCACGCUGGAGCUUCGUCCGCGGGACAUCAUCAUGGCAGUGAGGGCCCGGCUGGAGAAGCAGGGCAUCCUGGUGAAGGACGUGCGGCUGAACGGCUCCACGGCCAGCCACGUGCUGGUCCAGGACAACGGCACCAGCUACAAAGACCUGGACAUCAUCUUCGGUGUGGAGUUGCCCAAACAAGAGGACUUUCAGGUGAUCAAGGAGUCCGUCCUGGGCUGCCUCCUGAACUGCCUUCCAGCGGGGGUAAACCGGGAGCGGAUAAGCAGCGCCACCAUGAAGGAGGCCUACGUCCAGAAGAUGGUCAAGGUUUUCAACGAACACGACCGCUGGAGCCUCAUCUCACUCUCCAACAACAGUGGCAAAAACCUGGAGCUCAAGUUCGUGAGUGCUCUCAGGCGGCAGUUCGAGUUCAGCGUGGACUCCUUCCAGAUCAUCCUGGACCGUCUGCUGGAGUCCUACUUACAGCUGGAGGCCCAGCAGCCCCCCGGAGGGGCAACUUCUGACCAGAGCAAGCCUCUCCAAUUACCUGGCAAGGUCCCCGCUAUUGAGGUGCUGGCGGAGAGCAUGUACGGCGACUUUGAGGCCGCCAUGGACCACCUGCGCUGCCGCCUGAUUGCCACCAGGAACCCGGAGGAGAUUCGCGGGGGCGGGCUGUUGAAGUACAGCAACCUCCUAGUCAGGGACUACCGACCAGCCAGCGAGACCCAGAUAAAGACGCUGGAACGCUACAUGUGCUCACGGUUCUUUAUAGAUUUCCCCGACGUGCAGGAGCAGCAGCGGAAGAUCCUGUCCUACCUGAAGAACCACUUCAUCGGGGAGGAGAGGAGCAAGUACCAGUACCUGAUGACGCUGCGGCGCGUGGUCGACGACAGCACCGUGUGUCUGAUGGGCCACGAGCGGCGGCAGACCCUCAACAUGAUCACGGUGCUGGCCCUCAGAGUCUUGGGAGAGCAGAACAUCAUCCCCAACACGGACCACGUCACGUGCUUCUACCAGCCUGCUCCGUACAUGGCCGAGCACAGCGCCCCCUACCUGGCCGAGGCCAGCUACUGCAGCUACUACAUCCCACAGGGGGGAUCCACUCUGCUGUACCAGCCUUACCCCUUACACUUACACACACAGACCGGACUGGUUUGAUGCACAACAUCAGAUAAUUGCACACACACGCACACAUACAUGUGUAAAUGCUGGUACAGACCCACACACAGACACACCAACAUAAUUAAACAUCACAGGUGCGUACACAAACACAGACAUCAAAAUUAAAGGAAGCACACACACAAGUAAAACCACAACAGCCACAACAGAAAUGAGGGGGAAGGUGCUUGCAGAAACACGACCAGCAUCACCAAGGGAUAAGUGUUCGCAUUAGUCAUAAAGCUGUAUGAUUGGAACUGAGUAGGUUUUUUCUGAACACAAACGUACUGCUCUGUGGAGUUUCCACAUGAUUAAAUAUAAUUACCGUGGCGAAGCUUCUCAAAAUUAUAAUUUUGGACACAUAAUACAUGGACAUGCACACACACACACAAACCCCCAGACACACACAAACACACACACACACACACACAC